AUGGAACACCAAUUCCCCUCCUUUCCAAUAUUUUUCACCUUCCUCCUCUUUAUCUUUAUGGUGUUGAGAAUAUGGAAGAAAUCAAAUAUCAACAACUCUUCCCCAAAUCUACCACCAGGACCAUGGAAAUUGCCUCUGAUAGGCAGUAUGCAUCAUUUAGUUGGCUCCUUGCCCCAUCACCGUCUAAGAGACCUGGCUAAAAAGUAUGGACCUCUUAUGCACAUUCAACUUGGUGAAGUUACCAACAUUGUAAUUUCUUCUCCUGAAACUGCUAAAGAAGUGAUGAAAACCCAUGAUGUCACAUUUGCUCAGAGGCCCUUUCUCCUUGCUGCAAGUAUUGUGGGUUAUAAUUCUUCAGAACUUGUAUUCGCACCCUAUGGAGACUACUGGAGACAAAUGCGAAAAAUUUGCACACUGGAGCUGCUAAAUGCAAAAAAAGUGCAGUCAUUUAGAACAAUCAGGGAAGAAGAGGUAUCAAAACUCAUUAGAUCCAUGUCUUCUAAGGCAGGAUCAGAAAUCAACUUUAGCAGGAUGUUCAAUUCUUUGACCUAUAGCAUCAGUUCAAGAGCAGCCUUUGGUAAGAUAUGGAAGGGAGAAGAAAUAUUCAUUCCAACAGUCAAGAAACUCAUACAAUUGUUUGGCGGUUUUAGUCUUGCUGAUGUCUAUCCUUCCGUCAAAUUGCUUCAUUUGAUUAGUGCAGUGAGGCCUAAAUUAGAGAGGCUUCAUCAAAUAGUAGAUAAGAUAUUUGAGAACAUCAUUGAUGAACAUAGAGCUAGAAAGGCAGUAGGAAAAUCUAGUGCAAGGUGUGAAGAAGAAGAUUUUGUAGAUGUCCUUUUGAAUCUUCAGGAUCACGCAAACCUUGAAUUCCCUUUAGCAAAUGACAACAUAAAAGGAGUCAUCAUGGACAUGUUCAUUGCUGGUAGUGAGACUUCGUCUACAACUGUAGAAUGGGCAAUGUCAGAGAUGCUAAAAAAUCCAAGAGUGAUGGAAAAGGCACAGGCUGAGGCGAGACAGGUCUUUGGUCCACAAGGAAACAUUGAUGAAGAACGCCUUGAUGAACUGAACUACUUAAAGAUGGUAAUCAAAGAAACUCUAAGAUUACACCCUCCAUUUCCGUUGUUAGUUCCGAGAGAAUGCAGGGAGAAUUGUGUGAUUAACAAUUAUGGAAUUCCAGUCAAAUCCAAAGUUAUAGUGAACGCAUGGGCAAUUGGAAGGGAUCCCAAUUAUUGGAUUGGAGCUGAGAGAUUUUAUCCAGAGAGAUUUCUUGAUAGUUCAAUUGAUUAUAAGGGUGCUAACCUAGAAUUUAUCCCAUUUGGUGCUGGAAGGAGGAUGUGUCCAGGAAUAUUGUUUGGCAUGGCUAAUGUGGAGUUCCCUCUUGCACAUUUGCUAUACCAUUUUGAUUGGGAACUACCAACUGGAGUUAAGCCAGAAAAUCUUGACAUGGUUGAAGUCUUUGGUGCAGUAGUGAAAAGGAAAAAUGACCUUCACGUAAUUCCUAUUCCAUACCUUCCUCCACUAGUGAAGUAAAAUAUCAAUAUGUAUGUCAGUUUGAUAUCA